CUCCAACUACUUGCGAGGGCAUCCCGGCAAUUGAAAAUCACUAAGAACAAUGAUAAGCAAGCCAGAAAAAGCUACAUGAAUCAAAAACCAAGCAAGUGCGAAAAAAAAAAAUAGAAUGAUACUAUCUUUACACGCCGGCAUCCGGUCAAGUGGGUUUCAUUUGGGUGGCUUUAACCCCGCUCUGUUCAAGCAAGGGACCUCCUUCCCGACUCGAGCACAGGGCACCAAUAGAGCAAUGCUCGGCUGGUUCACUGAGCAUUGGCUUGCGCUAGGCUAGGAAGGAGCUUCCCGAUUCUGUGUGGCCCAUCCAUUUGCUCGGGUAGCCAGCUCCAUCCUUCCCGCAACUUCCCCAAGCCAGCCAAACUCCUCCCUUACCUCGCUUCAACUAAGGUUAGGUAUCCUACCUCUGCCUGUCUCAUGCGAACAGAUCUGCAUUAUCGAGAACCGAUAUUGAUCUCAGCCCAAGUGGCUUAACGUGGAAUAGAGACUUUCCCCUAAUCCACCAAUCUAGUUUUCUGCGGCGGCUCAACAAUCUCGAACGUACCACGACACCGACCGAGCAAUCCUUGAUUGUCAAAUUUGCGUUAUCUCUCCCGAUCUACUUGAAUUUUCACGAGCUCAUACGAUAUGACCACCCGUUGAUUCAGGCCAGCGACACCCCGCGACAGCCCACCGAUAGCCAGUUACUACGCGCUUCAGCCACCUUCAUUCGAGCUUCUGUUUUUACUCUCUCGACGAUCCUACCGACCCCCGAACCUGCGGUCUAGUCAAAUUGCUUGUGUGCAAUCAUUGCGCUACGCUUUUCUUGCCCUGAGCUUUGCAAGGACGAAAGGGUUCACGAAAAACACCACGGAACAACGUUCGUUUGCUUAGACCGAAGCUUUACUGUUCCCGCGGCCGCCCAAACUCAGUGACCUGCCUUCGCUUAGCAUGAAUACUUCUGCCUGAAGUCACCUGCAAACAGUAUUUGCUACGAACUAUUAGCUGCCGAUUCUCGACCCGUUGGUGACGUCGACUAUAGCUGCCCAGCUCACCGCACAACUGGCAAGGCCUUCCAAAUUAGCCGAAUAAAACACGUUUUUGUACUUGUUCGGUUCUUGAUCUCGAGCCUGGACCAGAGUAUCUUGGGCGCCACUGCGUGUUACCAUCCCUUCUGCCUGUUAGGAGUAUCAAUAAGCGCGAGCCAACGGCCUGUCCUGCUAGACAAAUAUUCGGUUUAUCGCCAUCGGGAGCCGUAGGUCCAUCGCCUGAGCGCGAGGGGAGGGACCGUCAUGCGACGGCGUACGUCACCAUCGCCCUCGGCCUAUAGGGUACAUCAGUCCCAACAUGGACAGGUCGCCAAUGCCGGCCACGGCCCCGGUGGCCAGCCUGUGUCGACCUCGUCCCUUUUGAGGUCGUUCAAUGUCGAAACGAACCCCACAAGACCCAUGCGGCCCAGUCCUCUGACUGCCUCAACGAUUCGGGAUAUGCCCCUUGACCUUGUCGACCGAAUAAGAUCCUUCCCUCUCUUCAUGUCCGCACCUGAUGAAUUUCUCGCCGCUAUUGGAAAGCAUCUCAGGCCACAAGUCCAUGCUCCUCACGAUCACAUCUUGACGGAAGGCGAUGAGGCAAGGGCAAUGUAUUGGCUCGUGCGAGGUGUCGUGGCUGUCACGUCCCGCGAUGGCGAGGCUGUCUAUGCGGAACUCAAGCCAGGCGCUUUCUUUGGUGAAAUCGGUGUGCUCAUGGACAUGCCUCGCACUGCGACCAUCAUUGCACGCUCAAAAUGCUUGCUCGUUGUGCUCAAGAAGGAGGACCUGCAAACGGAGCUUCCCCGCUUUCCUGAAAUGGAGCAGGCCAUCAGACAAGAAGCUCAAGAACGCCUUAAUAUUCUCAAGAAGAAGCAACAAGAGCGGGCGGGCAGCCAUCUCAAGUCGAUAGACAAGAGCAAAUCCAGGGAGGCCGCACCUGGAGAGGUAGCCACGGGUGAGACGGGAAGCAUCACAGAACGAUUUGUGGUGAACAGAAAGAAGCGCAAGUCACCAAGUCCCGGUAUCAUUGAAGACCCGGCAGUGGGUGGCAGUGCCCUCGGAAGCGGAUACGUAAAUGUUCGGAAGACUCUCACAGAGCUGCCACUCUUUUCGGCCCUUCCGUCCGACAUACUUCACUUCCUGGGUUUGAGUGCGAUACCGAAAUCUUUCCCACCCUUCACCGAUAUCAUACAGCAAGGUAGUCAAGGCAACGAGAUAUACUUUGUCGUGCGUGGUGAAGCCGAGGUCAUUCACGAGGACGCACCCGGACCAACCACUCGAAGGGCAACACGGGCUUCAUACGUUAGACCGAGACUUCACCAAGGACAGUACUUUGGCGAGGUCGCCAGUCUUGGACUUUCUCCGGGACGUACGGCCACAGUGCGGUCAAUCACGACGGUGGAAUGCUUGGUGAUAAGCGGUCAGGCACUGGAGGAGUUGUGGAGGCGCUGCCCGCCAGAGUUGAAGCUACAGGUGGAAGAGACGGCCCGUAUGCGAUACCAAAAGAAGAAGGAAGAGGAAGACGUCGAGAUGGAAGACGCAGGAAAUGGCGACGCCGAACCACAAGGCCGACCCAGAACUCCCACAAAACAGCUGUUGCCUCAAGUAACGUUCACAACACCAUCGAAGCCUACGUCACCCAGCAAACAUGAAACUGAGACUCGCCAACCGACAGAUCCAGACCCAUACCUCAGUGUGGACAUGGAGAACAUGCGGAACCGUCGCAGAAAUUCUUUGGCCCCUCCCACCCCGCAGACAGAACCCUCAUUGUCACGGCCAGGGUAAGCAUAGCACGGAAGCUAGUCUAUUGGCGCCUAUCGACGAAGAUUCUACUCUGAGGAGAGGAAAGGAAACAAACAAAGUUCUGAGCUUGACGCGACGUCGAUAAAGGUAUCACCCUGGUGGGUCGUUGGUCCAGGGUCAGGGUUAGGGUCUGGUGAUCUCAUGGUCCAAAUGUCACACUACCCCCUUCCAAACCUCGUAUGUCGACGCAGGAGAUCAUGCGAGGCUCUUGUCAAGUUAACCAUGUCGUCGCUUUUUCCUUUUACCGUUUAACUCUCCAUGCUCCGCCACGUUAUCCUCCUGAUUCGGUUCGUCCAACUUAUCCUCGGCAGCGGCUUUUAUCCAGAUUGCCAAUCGCUUCGGCGGUCCUGCGGCAUCUUUGUACUUCUUGUGGAAGUCGUCAAGGGCUGUCGCUGAAUUCUUGAAGUUUUCAGCCGGGUACCACGUGUCGUCUGGAUCACAUCCUUGCCAUGCGACCUGGUAUUGCAAUAUCUUACUCCGGCUAAAUAAUCGGGACGCUAAAACUUUAUCGACCACAAACUCUGGUUCUCCGUUGAUCUCUUCUGGCGGAGGCGGCUCUCUUUUCUGUUGUGGUAAUGGGUCCAUUGCGGCUUUGCGGAGGCGGUCUGCGUGGAACAAAUUUUUUCCUUUAAACGAUUCAGGUACGUCCAAAACAUAGCUAUAUCCUCGUUCUUCUAGAAUCUGCCAUGGUCCGGUCCACUGUGAAUCCAAUCUGGUCGUCGGUGCGGUCGUCGGAAACCCUUUUUUCUUGACGAAAACAUAGUCGUUAACCCCAAAAUCUACUGGUCGCCGCUUUUUGUUGGCUUGUUCUUCCUGCCUCGCCUGCGUUUUUAGCGCGUUUUGGCGAGCCAACUCUUGGACUUCUUUAGUCUGGCGGACGAUCUGCAGCGCUUUUCGUUUCUGGUCUGAAUCAACGGUCGUGGUUGGCAGGUCGGUGGACAGCGGGUUUCGGGGUUCGGUCCCGAGCACUACCUUUAACGGGCACAUACCAAGGCUGGAAUGCCACGCGGCGUUGUGGGCAAAAUCCAAAGCAGGCAAAUGUACGCUCCAACUGGUCUGGUAUUUGUCGAUAUAAAACCGCAGCUUUUGGUCCAGUUCCUGGUUGGUUAUCUCUACGGCACCUUGUGUUUGAGGGUGCAGGGCGCUGCCGUGUCGGUGUUUAGUACCCGUGAGUUCAUUUAUCGUCGCCAUGAAUUCGGAGAUGAACGGCCCGGCGUUGUCGCUAAUCCAAACGAAAGGUAGUCCUAGGAAACGGUAUAGGUAUCGGUAAUAUCGGGAGGCCAGGAUUUCUGCUGUGUCGGUCUUCUGUCCUGGGAUGGUGGCUAUCAGGCGACUGAACUUGCAAACGAACACCCACACGUAGUCGUAUCCGAACUUGUCUUUGGGCAUGUCCUUUCCGUCAACUGCUACAUGUUCCCAAACGUAAUUCGGUAUCGGUAGCGGAUGCAAUAGGCCCGGGGUCUUGUCGUGUCUGCCUUUAUUUCGCUCGCAGUCGUGACAGUUUUUGAUGUAUUUCCGAAUGGUUUGACUCAUGCCCUCCCAAAAAUACCGUCUUUUGAUCAUUUGUAUCGUCUUGUUCUGUCCUGCGUGGGCGAAUAUUUUGGGCUCGUGAGCUUCACGGAUCAGAGCGGUCCUUAAAAAAAUCUGUCCGUCUAAAGUCGUUUCCGGGACGACUAGCUUUCCUUGGUGUUGGCCUAGCUUUUGCUUUUCGUUCUCUUGUCGUAUUAGGUCUACCAAAUCUGCGCCGCUCACCACGUGAGCGUUUGGGUCGGCAGUGCUGACGGCGGCCACCGUAGGUGUGAUCUUCUCAGGUGGGAUUAAAAUCAUUGUUCGUUCUUCUUUUUCCCGAGCUUUAACUGUUGGAAGGUCUGCCGUCUUGCGGGACAGGGCAUCGGCGGCUAUAUUGUCUUUGCCGCGGCGGUACUGAAACGUAAUGUUGAAGUUGGCCAGGAAAUCUGCCCAACGCACCUGUCGAGUCGAAAGGAGUCGUUUUGUGGAAUAGUAAACUAAAGCUUGGUGGUCUGUAACCACGAAAAAGCUUGUCCCUAACAAUUCUGGUUCGUAAUGUUUCAGCGUUUGAACCACUGCCAGCAGCUCUCGGUCUUGGAUCGGGUAUGCGCGUUCUGCUGGGGUCAUCGUUUUUGAGAAAUAUCCCACAGGCUUCCAUUCUCCACCCGGUUGCUGUUGCCAGAUUGCUCCGCCGGUCGCGUUGCGUGAGGCGUCGGUUUCUACCUUAGUCGGUCGGCCUGGGGUAAAAAAUGCCAUAACCGGUGCAUCGCAGGCUAAACGUUUCAUUUCCUCAAAUGCUCGCCUCUGUUCGGGGCCCAUAGCGAAUUUGGCGUCUUUCUUCAACAGUCGGUUCAACGGCUCAGCGACGCUGCUGGCAUGGUGGCAAAACAUUCGAAUGUAAUUGCACAAUCCCAAAAAGGAACGCACGGCUGUUUUGGACGUGAGGUCUUCGAACUUCCAAUCGCUAAUUGCCUGCAGUUUGUCUGGAUCGAUACGGAUGCCCAGACCUGCGUCCAUAACGAUGCCAAGAUAAUCGACCGUGGUAACGUUGAAUCGAGACUUUUUAAUAUCUCCCUGGAGGUCGACUCGGCUUAAUCGGUAAAUAACCUCUUCUACUUGGUCCCAAUGUUCUUCUUCGUUUCCGUCGGAAUAAACCAAAACAUCGUCGGCGUAUGCGCUGGCGAACAAGUCCAAAAGUUCAUUUAGCUGAGCGUUGAUAAAUGACUGCCACCAAGCUGGGCCGACCUUUAGCCCAAAGGGAAGCACCUUCCAUUGAAAGGUGCCCUGUCGGGUGCGAAAAGCAGUGAGGUACUCUGAGCCAACCGCCAUACGUAACCGGUUAAAAGCUCGAAUAAUGUCGAUUUUUGUAAACCUCUUUGCAUUGCGACAAUUAAAAAUAGUUCCGUUGACAUCCGGGGCUGGUACGAAUCGAUCUUUCAAAAACUGGUUGAUCCAUCGGUAGUCGGUGCAAAAACGGCGUUCUUUGGAGUGUGGUUUAGGUACGAACAGGACAGGCGCUGGGUCGGCCUGCAUACAGGGUUCGAUAAACCCAAUGCGCAGCAGCUCGUCGACUGUUUCCUUUUCGAGCGGCAGGAAUUCCACAGGUGUCCUGUACGUCGGAGGCGAUCCUGUUUUCGGCUUGUCUAGCUCCAAAAUUACAUCGUGCCCUGGGCGAUGUGGAGGCAGGUUGGUGGAAGCUGCUUUCGAAAAGAAUCCCUCCAGGUGAGCGAGUCGGGAUGGCAGUUUGCUUCGGACCAGUUCGACAUGGUCGGGGUCUUCAUCUUCCGGGAACGGGAUUGGUUCUCCCUUGUUGGUUUUCCAUUGGUACGAACGGCCGACGGCAGAUAGGCUGAUGGCGGGUUUUUCGGGUCCAAUUUCUAACGUGAUGGGCUGCGUGGGUAUUGGGCACGAUUUCCAUCGCUUUUGUCGGGGGUCGGUGUCCAGUUUGUGUUGAAGGGCGGCUAUGUUUACAACGUCUCGGUCCUCACCCAAGACGACCGGGGUCGUUGGUCUGGGUUCUAAAAAGGUUGUUUGGCGCCACGGUCGUCGAAGUAUUUGCACCCUUUUGGUUUCCCGUUCGAAUGCUCGGUCGCGCCGCUCGGCAUCGGCUUGUGCAACCGGAUCGGGCUUGUCCAACAUGUUCGGAAGUCUAAUGGCUGGCGAGAAUUUUGCCAGCGACGGUGUCCUUUCAGGCCAUGCGAACGUUUGCGUUUUCGGGUGGAUCCAAACAUCCUGUUCAACUAGCCAAUCCUGCCCAAUAAACAUAUCAUGCCCACUUUCCGUCACGUAAAACAUUUGGUUGCUGAAACGGCGUCCAUCGAUUUCCAAGGUCGCUUUUAGUUUGUGCGUAAUGCGUCCUGCGUCCUGUUUGCGGUAGUCCGACAAAAGUAGCGGGGUUUUUAACCUUUGAAGCCGGGCUCCUAGCCGUUCUGCGGCUUGUUUAGCGAUUGCUGGGCUGAUCAAAAGAGAAAUGUCUGCUCCGGUGUCACAAAGAGCUUUAACUGAUAGUGCUACGCCAUUAACCUGUAUCUGAGUUCGAAUGAUGAAAGAUUUAGGUCGUGGGUUACUACCAAUUUGAGCUAUCGUAGACAUCUGGACCACCGAGGAGGCUUGCGGCGGUCUCACUCUUUUCCCGAUUCGUCUGUGGUUUCCGAAUCUAAGCUACUCGUUUGUUGCUUCGGCUUCACUGCUUUGACAUCCCUUAUUCUCUCUUUUUCGGGACAAUCUUUGGAAUUAUGGCCACCCCUUCCGCACAUAAAACAGGUGUUGGCAUCCCAAUGCGCCUUUUUCUCCUCAUAAGUCAGUGAGCGACCGGCCUUAGCCAUCGUAAUUGGUUCCGUUCUAUCCCCUUGAUAAUUUUUGGGCUUGUAGCGCGAACGGACUUUCGUCGAAGCUGUUUUCUGCCUGCUCCGGGUCUCGUUCUUCGUGCUGGUUUUGUCGGUGCUCUCUCGGUCUUUGCGCCUUUCUUGUGCCAGUUGGUUGCUGUAGACGGCUUUGGUAACGUACUGGCAAAACGUCUCGUAGUCUAUGUCGAUGUUCUCACUAUCGUGCAGCAGACGGUGAUCGAGGUCGGCGGGUAUACAUCCCCACAAGGUUUGCUUCCAGUCUUCUUCCCGAACCUUUGCUUGCUGGGCUAGUGAAUUAAACGUGGCAAUAAACUCGUGGAUAUCUUGGCCCUUGCCUAGCUCAAACUCGUGUUUCUUAAGGGCUUCUCUGGCAGCUAUGGACUGGUUGGGGUCGUGGUACAUAGAUUCUAGGAUUUGGAUCAUUUCGGCUGCUGAUGAAAAGGGGCGUGUAACUGAAACGUAACGAGUAAUCAUUGCUUUCUCGGCUUUGUCCUCGAGCAAAUUCAUCAGGUAACGCAUCCGACUUUUCUCAGUCCUAAAAAUGGCGACAUCUUCUUCGAAUUUGUCGGCCACCUUUAUCAGCCAGCUAUCAAAUUGCGUCUUGUCUCCUGCGAACUUUGGGGGUGAAUCGGCUCUGGCUUUUGCUUUGUCAUUGUAAGCAGGGUUGAUGCCGCCUGUUCCUUGGAACUCGGUAAAGGCUGGCCAAGCGGCCAUCCCUUUUGCUUUGAAACUCGUUCCGCCGAAUGCACUUUCCACUGAUGGCUCUCGGUGCCUUAAUUCUCGGUAGGGCCUGGGACUGGGUGUGUCGUUUCUCAACGCGUUUCUUAGCCUAAGUAUUUCCGCUUCUAGCCUAGCGAUCUCGCUGGCUGGGUCGUUUGCGUCGCCCAUCAUUCUGGGGUUGUUUUCUUGUGCGUUCACGUUGAGCUCCGGGGACCGCGAAGAAGAUGCAACUUCGAUUUCGUCCUCGACACUGGACUUGGUGCCUGGGCGUGAGUCUGUUUCGCUUUCUGAUCGGGUCGGGUCGUCGAUGGGGCGGUCUGUUUGCUCCGUCUGGUUCGUAAUCAAUCUUUGUGAUUUCCUGCUCGCAGGUGGAUGGUCCUUCAGCCUGGGCAUAGGUCGGAUCGGUCGUGGUCGGGGACUGGAAUUGACGUUCCUGUCGAACUCCGGUCGGGUCGGGUCUGUCGGGUGCGGAUUUAUUUUCGUCGCUCGCCAGCGGCGUAAAGAUAGGUUGUUGCGCCUUAUUUGUUAAUCGCUAGGCCAGCGAUUCUUUAGAGAGUAGAAUUGUGUCACGGCCAGGGUAAGCAUAGCACGGAAGCUAGUCUAUUGGCGCCUAUCGACGAAGAUUCUACUCUGAGGAGAGGAAAGGAAACAAACAAAGUUCUGAGCUUGACGCGACGUCGA